AUGUCCGAAGGUCGAUCGCUGGUUCUGGGGCCCCGCUUAUCUACUGGCCUCUCUCACUCCGUUGUGAAGGGCGAAGACUUCAGGGCGCAGCAACCCAACCUGAGGUGGUCGCAUGACGGCUCAGGGGAGACAGACUUCGCAUUCUUUGGAAUUUUCGACGGGCACGGUGGGAAGCAGGUGGCCAAGUAUUGCUCAAAAACGUUGCACGAUGAGCUCCAAAAGACUCUCAGCAAGCAGACACAGUUCCCUGGGGCACUUGCUGUUGACCUUCCUGGCUUCCAGGCAGCUGCCAAAGAGUUGAGUGCUUUCGACGGCCAGGAUGCUGUGGUGCAGCAGACACCAGAGGCACUGGUGGAGGCCUUCACUUGUGCGGAUGAUGUGUGCAGAGCAAUGAACCUGGACUCUGGCACGACAGCCACUGUUGCGGUUCUCGCUGGGUGGGAGGUGAUCAUUGGCAAUGUGGGCGACUCCCUGGCCGUCCUGGACACUGGAUGCGAGGUGCUCCAGGUCAGUGGCAACCACAGGCUGGACAAGAACAAGGCUGAGCAAGAGAGGAUACAGAAGGCGGGCGGCGAGAUUGCAAGGUCCACCGUCUGUGGGGUCGAGACAGGACCACUGAGGGCCUGGCCUGGCGGACUGGCCAUGAGCCGCACGAUUGGCGAUCCCAAGGCUGGCGAUUUUGUGACCUCAGUACCUGAGGUACGCCAGUUCACAUGGCCCUUCACAGGCGGACGCCUCAUCGUUGCAUCUGACGGUCUGUGGGAUGCAGUGAGCCCAAAGUCUGCUUGUCACAGCACCAGGGGGAUGUCGGCUGGCCAGGCGGCCAAUGCACUGGUUAAAGCAUCAAGAAAGGGCAAGACGUCGUCUAGGGACGAUGUGACUGUCCUUGUGGUCGAUGCGAUCCCCAAUGAGCAGGGCCGCCUGCCUGCUAUCCUGCAUCGCACGGCCAGUGGUGCAAGCACGUCCAGCAGCAGUGGCCAAGAUAGCUCCGAGGGCUGUCUGAUUUGGAAGCCGCUGGAGGAGAACAAGGGACCAUCAGUCAACUGGAGGGAACGGUCCAG